UGCGCGAACAUUCAAGUUCUACACUUUGGACACUGUUGUAUCCGUAAGCUACCACGACUUGUGAUAAUCUCACUCAAAGUUGAACUAUAUUAGUGAUUUUAAUUUUGUUUGUAUACCAGUUUAAAUAUUUCGUGAACAAAGUGAAUAGUUAUUACCCGAAAUUUAGCAACCAAGUUAAUACUUAAAAUCAGCAUCGUUUGAAAGAGAAUGGAAGGACCAACGAUAUUGUCGCUGACACCCCUCAACUCCCAGAAAUCGUCACAAUCAAGUCCCCAGCCACAACUCCAUUCGAAAUCGAACCAGGAGUUGCAGGUUGGCUCAGUAUCUCUGUAUGGAAUCCAUAUAGUAUCAUUGAUGAUUGAAGGACAAGAACGACUUUGCCUUGCUCAAAUCAGCAACACUCUUCUUAAGCAAUUCAGCUACAAUGAAAUCCACAAUAGAAGAGUUGCCUUGGGAAUCACAUGUGUCCAGUGCACGCCCGUACAAUUGGAGAUUCUUAGGAGAGCUGGUGCAAUGCCUCCAUCAUCUAGACGUUGCGGCAUGAUAACGAGACGUGAAGCUGAACGACUGUGUAAAUCAUUUUUAAGUGAUAAUUCUCCACCAAGACUUCCAGACAAUUUUGCAUUCCCUGUCCAUCAUGAAUGCACUUACGGCUGUCAAGGCGACUUUGUUCCGUCCCGCUAUAACAGUUCACGUGCAAAAUGUAUAAAGUGCAGGUUUUGUAAUCUAUUUUUUUCUCCGAACAAAUUUAUCUUCCAUUCUCAUGAGAACCAUGCCAAUGGCAAAUAUGUGCAACCUAACGCCGCAAACUUCAACUCUUGGAGACGUCAUAUGAAACUCUCGGGAAAUCCGCCAGACAAUAUUAUUCACGCCUGGGAAGAUGUAAAAGCUAUGUUUAAUGGUGGAACUAGAAAACGUCUAUUGUCUAGUCAUGGAUCCCGUGAACCAAUUCUUCCAACUAAACGAGCAAGGGCAUCACCUACUGUUUCAACUCCACCAGCAAUUACUCCGUCAUUGCCAACACCACCUGCACACCUUGUAUUACCACGAGUACCACCGUUUCCGGAAUUGCCACUUGCUUUACCUAGAAGUCUUGCUGAUAUGUGGCAUCAUCAACAAGCGCCAGGUUUCGCUUUUCCGUCUUCUGCAAUUUCUUGGUUAUAUAAAAGGACAUCCACGUUAUUUCCAGGACACUUACCAUCCCCAUUGAGUGGUACAGGAACAACUGAAGCUAUAAUGCCAGCUGUAGCAACUUCAUCACUUCACCAAUCGGCUUUCCGUCCAGUAAUCCGACCAUCACCGAUAGUUGAGCCGAUACAACGAGAAGAUUCUACUUCAGAGGUUACUGUCGACAAAACCGAUGAUUCCGAUGAUGAAGUCGAUAUAGAAACCACCGAGGAUGAUGAUGUUUCGGCUACAUCAAUGCAAAAUAUUCAUACUAUCACCUCUACCACUCCAGCAUCUAAUAAUAAUAAUUCACAGAAAAGUUUGUCGCCACAAUGUUGGAGUCCUCCACGAGAAACGGAACGAGAAGCAGAAAAAAUAACAGAAGAAAAUCUCUCAAAUCGUGACGUAAAACCAAAAGCUUUAGAUAAUUGGAACACAAACACAUUUUACCGAAAUAUUAACAUAAUUAAAGGAACAGAACUACGAGAACUAAAUAUUCCAGAUUGCUCAGCAUGUCGACCAAAAACAAUGUUUUAUGACUUAGUAAACAAUAACCCAACUUCAACAAACUAAUGUAAAAUACUAGUGAAAAUUAUCAUUAUUGUUACGUUGUAAAUUAUAAAUAAGUUGAAUAUAACUUUUAAAAUACUAACCGGAAAGACAUGAACGUUGAUUUCAAAUUUUUUAAAAAACAAAAUUUCAAAAAUUGGCGUGUUAAAUUAAAACUUCUUACUAUAUAAACAAUG